UUCUUAAACUUACCUACGUAAUGUCAUUAUCCGUACAAUUACAAUCACUUUGCUGCAUAGUAAAAUAAUAUAAAUAUUACGCUUAAGUUACUCCAUUUCAAGCCAAUCUUUUAAAUAGAGUCCAUCAAAGAGUUAAGCAAGAUGGUGGAAGCCGACAUUUCUGUAGUAUCUAAUACAAAUUCAAGAAAAGAUCCUUCAGUAUACGAAUUACGUGAACCAAGUGCACAUCAAACUAAGUCCGUGAAGCUCACUCCGGCUACUUUAGAUAUGCGAUUGUUCUACAAAGUGAUAGUCAAAGGAGUAAAUGUGACUCCAGAUAAUAUACUGGAUCCCGCAUACGUAACGCUGGAGGACCUGACUACACAUGCCGCGUUCGAUCAUAGGUCUCGAGCUAGAUUUGAAGCAGCUAUUAAAUAUACAAGAUCUAAGUCCAGAACAGGUUUAGAAACAAUUGCUAUUGCCGCUGGUGCUAAAGUCUAUGCUACUACUAUAAAUUUGGAUGACAUCGAAAUAGAUGUUUCAAUCAACACCGAGGAAGGAAUAGAAGUAGAAGACAACAAAGUUGGUCUUGCUCCAUCCGCAUUUUACUUACCAAAAUUGCCACCACUCACAUCUUAUCCACCAGAAAUAUUUAUCACUCUCAAAGAAACUGAAACAGUUUUCUUAAUUUCUUUACCGUGUUUAUCGUACGAAAAAGGAUCACGAGAAGGAAAUUUCAUAGAAGAGGAUAAUGCUUUUUAUGAUUACAUCACCCUAGGAAAAGGAAAAAACAGAAAAAUAGUCAAUGAAGAAACACAAACACAAAUAAAAAUGACACAGACCAGACACACACUUGCGACGAGGCCCCAAAAAAAGAACGCCAUAUCAUUCGCGUCAAUGUGGGAUAUGCUCGAUACAUAUGCACAAAUUGAACAAACGGUAGCCGAAGAAGACGAUGAUGAAAUGGUAAUGUAUCAGUCUGCAGCAGCACAUAUGUUACGGAAGAAAAGAAAAAAAAUUGAAGUACAUAGACGCAUUGGUAAAACAUUUACGGAGAUAGCAGCCACGCAUCAAUAUUUAGAUGCUGUACUUUUGAUGGAACGAGUGCUCGCUUCAUUGGUAUUUGCUGCACAACAGAAGACGUUCCGAGGGCUCAUCAAUAUGGAUCCUUUAUCAUUAGAUCUAAUAUAUGUAUACACAUUGGUCAAUUUGUGGACAUAUGAAUGUGAAGAGACUCUGAACAAACCAAUCUCUAGCAUAUCUUUCAAUCCAAAGUACUCAAACAUAUGUGCUAUAUCUCAUGGUAAAUUCGGUUAUGCAGAUGUCUGUCAAGGCAUUGUUUGUAUUUGGAGUACAAAAAAUCCAAGAAAACCAGAGCGACUUUAUCGAUUUAUAGUACCGGUAACUAGUGUCGGUUUCUCGAAAAGAAAUCCGAAUUGGUUGGCGUGUGGUUUCUGUGAUGGCGAUGUAAUAAUAUUAGAUAUAACUUCGUACUCUAUCAAAAUAAUAGCAAGAAGCAAACGUGACACAAACCCUUGCUUCGAGCCAAUUUGGGUCAUAAGUUGGAGCUCUUUAGAAAUUGAUAGCGAAUUUGUGAUGACAGCGUGCCAAGAUGGAAGAAUCCGUAGAUUUCAAAGCACAAAAACGCACGAGUUCAUCAGUACGCCCAUGAUGCGCGUAUCUGCCGUCGAAGGCAAGUUGAAGGGACUAGAAACUACCAAACCGUGCCCUAAACAUGACGUGCCCAUUACUCGAUAUCCCGCGGUGCUGUGUAUGAUAUGGCACCCCACUAUAGACCACUGCUACCUGGUGGGCACCGACGAGGGCUGCAUACACAGAUGUUCCACGCACUAUCUGAACCAGCACAUAGACGUGUACCGCGCUCACGCGGGCCCCGUCACUGACUUGUGUAACUCGCCCUUUAUGAACUACUUGCUGGCCUCGUGUGGCGCUGACAAUGCUAUUCGGCUGUGGAUAGAAGGCAUGGACGAAGUUAUAUUAACACUAACUUGCCGAAACGCCGUGAACGGCAUAGCAUUUUGUCCAAUAAACGCUACUAUUUUGAUAUCUGCAAGUGGGAACACAUUAUCAGUUUGGGAUUUACGUCGAAAAGUUCAUAUACCAUGUGCUGAACACAUGUUUCCGGGUAAUGUAACGUUGACGUACGUAAAAUUUGCGCCUUGUGGACAUAACGUAUUUGUCGGGGACACGAUGGGGAGGUUGCAUACUUUCCAUUUGGAGGACACUCCUAUACCCCCGUUUAAUCAGAAAAAGCUAUUGGAUGAUGUUAUAAGAAAAGCCCUGUGCACCAGACCUCACAUGUUGAAGCAACUCGAUAAACUUCUGAGAUUCAAAAAGCGGAAGUCUACUUAAUGCCACUCGUCACUACUUACAUGAUAUUCUAAUCUUGAGAACUUUAAGCUCAUUGCGAUUUUAUACAGAUUGUUUUUAAUAAUGCAAUUUGUCAAAAGUUAUUGAAUGCUAUUGUUACAUAGGCGUGUGUAGGUUAUACCUAUGUAUGUUAUAUUAAUCAGCCUAACUGGUAGGUAUUGACCCGGUUAGAUGCGAACUAAAAUCGCGACCAGCUAGCGAGGUCAGAUAGAUAACCAAAACGUUCAUAGACUACGUUCUUCAGUCGAAAAGCGUUGGUAAAAUCACUGGGGUAGGUCGACGUUCAGUAACUAAUCAGCCAGAUUAUUCUAUAACUAUCAAUUCGAACUUUCCACGUGAGCUUAAUCGCAUUCUCGUCUGUCAUUCGCCGAGAUUAUUCUCACAACCAAUAACAUAGCAGACCGCGAUCGAGUUCAUUUCGAUUUUCGAAUUGAAAGGUGCAGAAUAGCCUAGCAAUAUGUCUUAACAAGAAGGAAUUUAAGUUCAAAAUCGUCUUAUAAUUAUGGUUACAUUAAGUAUUUUUAGUUUCUUAGUUAUUAAAUGUUAUUAUCAUA